GAAAGCGCCGUAUGACGUCAGUGCCGCACAGAAGCUGCGGCGCUCGGAGCGGAGGAUGGUGCUCAUCAAGGAAUUCCGAGUAGUUUUGCCAUGUUCGGUAGAGGAGUACCAAGUUGGCCAGCUUUAUUCUGUGGCUGAAGCUAGCAAGAAUGAAACUGGUGGUGGCGAGGGGAUUGAAGUCUUAAAGAAUGAACCCUAUGAAAAAGAUGGGGAAAAGGGUCAAUAUACACACAAAAUAUACCAUUUAAAAAGUAAAGUUCCUGGCUUUGUAAAGAUGUUUGCUCCUGAAGGAUCCUUAGUAUUUCACGAAAAAGCAUGGAAUGCAUAUCCGUACUGUAGAACAAUUGUAACGAAUGAAUAUAUGAAAGAAGACUUCUUCAUUAAAAUUGAAACCUGGCACAAACCAGAUUUGGGAACUCAAGAAAAUGUACACGGCCUAGACCCGAAUAUAUGGAAAACGGUGGAAGUGGUCCAAAUUGAUAUUGCUGAUCGAACUCAAGUAGAACCAGCAGAUUACAAAGCAGAAGAGGAUCCAGCAAUAUUUCAGUCCGUUAAAACAAAACGAGGCCCACUGGGGCCCAACUGGAAGAAAGAAUUGGCCAACACAGAAAAUUGUCCACGUAUGUGUGCUUACAAACUAGUAACAAUUAAGUUUAGAUGGUGGGGACUUCAGAACAAAGUAGAACAUUUUAUCCAGAAGCAAGAAAAACGAAUAUUCACAAACUUCCACCGCCAGUUGUUUUGUUGGAUUGACAAAUGGAUUGGUUUAACGAUGGAAGACAUUAGGCGAAUGGAAGAUGAAACCCAAAAAGAAUUAGAAGCAAUUCGUAAGAAGGGUACUGUUCGAGGCACUUCGGCAGCUGACUCCUAAGCAACUCCACUCUAGGUUCAGGGGGUCAGUACUGAGCUACGCAACCAAGGUCAAGUGAGAGGAACAAGUGCUGCCAAUGAUGAAUGAAGCUGGAACUGACCAAAUCGCAUGCAGAAUUUAUUUUGUCAUUUAUAAUUGUGUUUAUAUACCUGUAUGUGAAUAGCUAUAUAAACACUUUACUGAGCAUUAAUUGCUGAAGUGUACUGUUCUGACAUGAACAAAAAAUGUAAAGGCGAACGUUUACUGUACAUACCAAUAGUUUACAAACAUUACUGAAUGUCUCUAGAAUGCUAUUGUACAGCCUCCUUCUCUAAUGUAACACUUGUCUUGCUUUUACUUUUCUUUCUAUCUUUUAUCAAGAACAAACUUGUAAUUUAAUACUGUAGAGAUUUUACUUUUUGGUAGUAGGCAAUACAAGCUACAUUGACAAAUUAUUCAGAAAUAAUUUUCUGUAUUUGUCUGUUUAACGCUGAAGAUGGUCGUAUUUCCCCAUAUUUAUUUAAAUAAAACAAAAGACUUUGCAUCAAGGAUUAUUGAGCUUUUGUAUCCGCACUGUCCAAAUAAGUGUGGCAUAAAAUUCCUGAGCCUUACUGCAUUGUAGUAUCCAGGAGAUAUGUCAAUAGAAUUCUGUUAUGUAAAAUUAGUUUUUUGUUUUGUAUGUGUCCCCAUGAAUGUUUUCGUGAGUUUGUUUUAUUUCUGCAAAUGAAAACAAUGAAUUUGCUCAUUUCAGGAGCUGCAGUUUGGGAUCUAUGCAAACUGUUUACAGUUUAAAGCAAGUUACGCUUUUCAGUCUAAGUGCACAUUAUAUUCAAAAGACAUUUAAAAUAAAAUGUACAACUAAUUUAUAUUAAUAUAUUUAAAUACAAAAAGUCACUACAUAUCAAAUGCUAUCUGCCGAGUGAGCGAAUGUUGGCCACCAGAGUCUAACUGUAGAUAAUCAUAAAAUGGCUGCAUUUUUUAAUGGUGCAUGUUAAAUGCUCAAUGUUGCUAUGAAAAUCCACUAGAAAUGAGCCUAAGGAAAUGAUUUUAGAAACAAUACAUAAUGUGGUUUGUUUUGUUUUUUUAAUUUUUACCAAGUCGUUCAUUUAAAAAUUACUUUAAUGGUAUGAAAAUAUCUAGUUUCAGUUCACACUUGCCUUUUCUCUUAUUGUGUGGCCCUCUAGUUCUCUGUAAGAAUUUCUUGGAAUAAGUGUACCAAAAUAUGUGUUCCUGGUCUAUUUUGCCCUAAUUUUGGGGGAGUUGGAUUGGAGGCAUUAUAUCGGUAAAAGAAAGCUGCAAACUUUUGUCUAAUGGAACUCUGCUGUUUAGUUGAAUCCUUUUAUUUGUAUCUUAAUCAUGAUUCAAGUUAUUUUUCAUACAAGGACUAUUCCAGAAUGUCAAAAGCAAAAGAAGAAAAGUUGCAAUGUUUUAGGUAUAAAAAUUCAGGGGACAAUGAAUGUAAAAUGUUUUAGAAUUGCAGUCUGUUUUGUGUACAGUAUUUAAAAACAAAAUGUCAAUUAAGUAACCAAUAAAUUUGAUCAUCAAAUGUC